AUGGAAAAUAGGGCCAUUUUGUUCUUAUUUGUUGCCUUUAUUGCUCUCUCUGUUUUCUUGAACUCCAGCACUGCUCAUUCCCACUCCAGAGAUCCUUUCAAGUCCAUCUUAGGAGAACAAAAUAUGGGGUCAUGGAAGGAUGAAAUACUGAGUUCUACUGCAGAAGCUCCAGGCCCUGCCAGCCUUGUUAGCACACUUGUAUUGGCAAAGAACAGGACAAAGAGGCCUGACAUUCUUUCUGGUUUUCACAAGUACAGAGGUGGAUGGGAUAUUGCCAAUAAACAUUACUGGGCUUCUGUCGGAUUUACAGGUGCAGGAGCUUUUAUUCUUGCAGUCCUAUGGUUUGUUUCGUUUGGGCUGGCUCUUGUGGUGCAUCGUCUAUGUGGAUGGAAAAUAAACAUGAAAGGAAAAGAAUCAAGCUGGUCUUUGAGGAUUUGUCUGAUAAUGCUUAUUAUCUUUACAAGUGCUGCAGCGAUUGGAUGUAUUCUUCUUUCUGUUGGGCAGGACGAUUUUCAUGGGGAAGCAUUACACACUCUCAACUAUGUUGUAAAUCAAUCGGACUACACAGUGCAAACACUAAGAAAUGUGACCACAUAUUUGUCACUUGCGAAAACUGUCAGUGUGGCCCAAGUUUUUCUUCCUUCAGAUGUAAUGAAUGAUAUUGACCGGUUAAAUGUGGACCUCAAUACUGCAGCAAAUACAUUGGAGCAAAAGACAAAUGAAAACUCUAGCAAAACGCGACGAGUCUUCAAUACUGUGAGAUCAGCACUUAUCACUGUUGCCGCAGUGAUGCUUCUCGUAUCUCUUCUGGGCCUCGUUCUGUCUAUCCUAGGUCAUCAACACGCAAUAUGUGUAUUUAUUAUUAGUGGAUGGUUGCUCGUGGCAGUUACAUUUAUCCUGUGCGGAGUUUUUAUCAUCCUGAACAAUGCAAUUUCAGACACUUGCAUGGCCAUGGGAGAAUGGGUGGAAAAUCCUCAUGCAGAAACUGCCCUCAGCAAUAUCCUUCCUUGUGUGGACCAAAGAACCACAAAUCAGACGUUAUUUAAGAGUAAACAAGUGAUCAAUGAUAUUGUAAAUAUUGUCAAUCAAUACAUAGACUCUGCUGCCAAUGCAAACCCACCUCCCCAGGCAGUUCCUUAUUAUUUCAAUCAAUCGGGCCCAGCAAUUCCUUAUCUCUGCUAUCCGUACGACUCACAGCUGCAAGAUCGCCAGUGUACAGCUGAAGAAGUUACAAUGGCAAAUGCUUCCAUGGUUUGGCAAAAUUAUACUUGCAAGGUUUCAGCUUCUGGAUUCUGCACCAGCGUUGGAAGAUUGACUCCACAAAUGUACCGGGAGUUGGUGGCGGCUCUAAACAUUAGUUACGCUCUUGAACAUUAUACCCCGCUAUUACUGAGUCUCCAGAACUGUGACUUUGUACGAGAUACAUUCCGAGAAAUCGCCUUUUUUUAUUGUCCUCCAUUAAAGCACUCUCUUCGGACUUUAAAUGCCGGACUAGCCCUCAUCUCAGUAGGGGUCAUGCUUAGUCUUGCUCUGUGGAUACUAUAUGCCAACCGCCCCCAAAGGGAGGAAGCGUUAGCUAAGAUUUCUUCACGAAUAAGAAGCAGCUGCAGUGGUAAGACGAGGAUCAAACACUACCAAACUACAUCAUCGGCUAGACUCCAGACACUCGGAGCUUAG